UAAAAACAAAAACAACCCUUUUCACUUUUUCUACUCCUCCUCUUCCUCCUUCCUCCCUCCUCUCCUCCUCCUAAGAUCUUUCCCCAACCUCUUUUUCUCUUCUGGCCAAAAACCCUAACAAAAAAAAAAACCCUUUUGAUCUUUCAAAACCCCUCAAUCAUUCCUGCAUUUGAGAUCCUUGGGAGGGGUCUUCAAACCCCGGGAUUAGAUUUAGUUUAGUUUAGUUUAGGUCAGUGGUUUCAAAAUUGAAUGUGGGUUUGGUUUUGAGAAGAGGAGGAAGAGAUGUAUAAGAACCAGCUGCAAGAGCUGGCACAAAGAAGUUGUUUUAAUCUACCAUCAUAUUCAUGUAUAAGAGAAGGUCCUGAUCAUGCACCUAGAUUUAAAGCUACUGUUAACUUUAAUAAUGAGAUCUUUGAAAGCCCUAAUUUUUGUACUACCCUAAGACAAGCUGAACAUUCUGCUGCUGAAGUUGCACUUAAUUCUCUUUCUCAUAGAGGUCCUUCUCAUUCUUUAGCUGCAAGGAUCUUGGAUGAGACGGGUGUUUACAAAAACUUAUUACAAGAAAUAGCACAAAGAGUUGGUGCUCCGCUACCAACAUAUACACCCUUCAGGUCUGGGCUUGGACACUUACCUGUAUUUACGUGCAAUGUGGAGCUUGCUGGAAUUAUAUUUACAGGUGAACCAGCGAAAAACAAGAAGCAGGCGGAGAAGAAUGCCGCCAUGGCAGCGUGGUCGGCUUUAAAACAAUUGGCACAACAAGCUGCAAGCUCGUCAUCAGAAGCAGAGACCAACGAUGAGCAAGAACAGAUCACCAUAGCCCGAGCAUUAUUAAAUUACCGCUUGAAAGAAAAACUAGCAAUGGCAGACUCUCCUACUGGUCAAUCACCCUUCCCUAGAAAAUUUCCGAUGCAAAAUUUGAGACCUUCUACUGCACAGCCUCCUCUCACCACCUCAAGAAUACUACCCUUGAUCCGUCCCAAAUCAGCUCCACGAAAUAGACCAGUGCACACUGUGCCUACUGAUCCCCAAACAGCAAGGUGCCAACCAACUGAAAGUCGUGGGGUCCGGCCACAAAUGUUUCCUGCAGCAGGUGCUGCACCUUAUAUUCCUAUGCGCCAUUUCAGGCCAUCAUAUCAUGGAAUGGCUCCACCAGUGACAAUGAGGACAUCAAUUCCAUGUUUCUCUGCUCCUCCAAUUCCUCAAGCUCACCGCCAUCCUCCACUGAUGGGCCCACCACCUGUUUGUGUCAGACAGACCGUGCCUGUAUUCGCUGCUCCAUCUGUUCGGAGAGAGGAACCACCAAUUUUCACGGUCCCUCCUCCACAAUUGAAAACGCUGCCUGCUCAAAUAGAGGAACCAUCAAUUUUUGCAGUUGUUCACCACAAGCCAAGACCAAUUGUUUCAAUAGAGGAAUCAACAGUUUCACCACUUCCGUUCCAACCAGCGAAGUUACAAGACCAGGUUGAAGACCCACCAGCGAAGUCUCAAGCCCCAGUCCAGGAAAAACCAUCCAGUACACAAGCACAGGUUGAGGUUCUAACAACGUCUUUAGUUCCUACGCCACCAGCGAAGUCUCAAGCCCCAGUCCAGGAAAAACCACCGGCACAGCUUGAGGUCCCAACGUCUUUAGUUCCUAUGCCACUGCCAUCAAACUCAGCGGUUAAUGUAGAAGAGAGUGCAAAGAGUAGAACGGAUGACCUGCAAGAAUCUGCAACAGUGCAGGACUUGAAACACCUUAAAAUCUGAUUUCACUGUGGAAGCUCCUUUUUUGGUCCUGUCAUGAACUUUUUGUUUAGGUUACAUUUGGCAGAUAUUUCGGAUACUAAGCAAUAGCAGGUUUAGCUGCAGCUGCUCUACUGAACUCUUAGAUUGUAUGUCAUCAGUAAAGUAUUAUAAGUAUUAUUCUCGGAAUCCA